CAUUUUUUAUUUUUAUAUAUAUUUUCCUCCUUUGUUGAAUGUUUCAUUUCAUGCAUUAAUGUCCAGAAAACUCACAGCAACUUCUGCCCAUGACAUAGAACAUGGCAAUAAGUCGGUCCAGAAAUGAUAUAUAUAUGCCUACACGGCUGCAAUAAUAUUGUUCCACUGCAAGCGAAUUCAGUUAGGUUUUUCGUAACUUUAUGUAUAAUUAAUCGUUUAGCGCAUAUAUCUUUGCAUCUGAGGUCUUGUGUUUGAACCCUUUAGAUAUCACUUGUGAAUGGAAAGUGACAAAGGAUAUGAACGUGUUUUCAGAUACUUUGACGAAGAUGGUGAUGGAAAGAUUUCGCCUUCGGAGCUGAGGCGCCGGCUAGGGUUGAUGGGAGGAGAGCUGCUGCAGAAUGAGGCGGAGGUGGCGGUGGAAAUGCUGGACUCGGACGGAGACGGGUUGCUGGGUUUGGAGGAUCUUGUGGGGUUAAUGGAAGGAGGGAAAGAGGAGGAGAAAUUGAAGGGUUUAAGGGAGGCUUUUGAGGUGUACGAUGUGGAGAGGUGUGGGUUUAUUACACCCAGCAGCUUGAAGAGAAUGCUGAGCAAGCUGGGUGAGUCCAAGUCCAUUGAUGAGUGCAAGGUGAUGAUCCAACGGUUUGAUUUGAAUGGGGAUGGUUUGAUCAGUUUUGAAGAGUUCAGAAUCAUGAUGCAGUGACAAUAUGCGAUUGCGGUUGCAGUGCUCGUGUAUAUAUAGAGUGUAUAUAUUUAUUGAUCCAUUUUUCGGAAAUCGGCCAAAUAGAUUAUUUUUUAUAUUUCAAUUGCUACAAUGAUCGAAAUCAAAUAUUGAUCGUCAUGUUGAUGAACAUUGCCGACAUAUUGAAAACUAAUCAUUUACGCAAUUGAGAUUAGAAAAAUAAUCGCUUUGGCCAAUUUUUUUUGUUUUUAUGGGUUUAAUUAGGUUGAGAUUUUCUCUAGCUGUCCAUUCAUCUUAUUCUUAGUGAUUUUUCAUGCGAUA